ACAGAGUCGGUUUCUGAUUGGUGAAGUUCCCCUGAGGUGUCCGGAGCCCCUGGCCCGUGGGACAGCGUACCUCGCUCGGUCCAGCUACAUGGCGGUCCUCGGAGUGCAGCUGGUGAUGACCCUGCUCGCUGCCACCCUCAUGCAUAGGCUGGCUCCGCACUGCUCCUUCGCGCGCUGGCUGCUCUGCAACGGCAGUCUGUUCCGAUACAAGCACCCUUCCGAGGAAGAGCUUCGGGCCCUGGACGGGAAGCAGAGGCCCAGAGGCAGGAAGGAGCGGUGGGCCAAUGGCUACAGCGAGGAGAAGCCACUGUCUGUGCCCCGAGACGCCCCUUUCCAGAUGAAGACCUGUCCCCUCACAGCUGUGGAUGCCCUUGUCCUGCGUUUCUUCCUGGAGUACCAGUGGUUUGUGGACUUUGCUGUGUACUCGGGCGGCAUGUACCUCUUCACAGAGGUCUACUACUACGUGGUGGGUCCGGCGAAAGAAACCAACAUCGCUGUGUUUUGGUGUCUGCUCACUGUUGCCUUCUGCAUCAAGGUGUUCCUGACGGUGACCUGGUUGUACUUCAGCGCGGAGGACGGGGGCGAGCGCUCUGUCUGCCUCACCUUCGCCUUCCUCUUCCUGCUCCUGGCCAUGCUGGUUCAGGUGGUGCGGGAGGAGACCCUGGAGCUGGGCCUGGAGCCAGGCCUGGCCAGUCUGACUCAGAACUUGGAGCCACUUCUGAAGAUGCAGGGCUGGGACUGGGCGCUCCCUCUGGCCAAGCUGGCCAUCCGCGUAGGGCUGGCAGUCUUGGGCUCCAUGCUGGGUGCCUUCCUCACCUUCCCAGGCCUGCGCCUUGCCCAGACCCACCUGGAUGCACUGACCAUGUCCGAAGGCAGGCCCAUGCUGCAGUUCCUUCUGCACACCAGCUUCAUGUCCCCACUGUUCGUCCUGUGGCUCUGGGCCAAGCCCAUUGCACGGGACUUCCUGCACCAGGCGCCCUUUGGGGGGACGCCCUACUCCCUGCUGUCGGACUCGGCCUUCGACUCGUUGCGACUCUGGGUGCUGGUGGCGCUGUGCCUGCUGCGACUGACGGUGACCCGGCCUCACCUGCAGGCUUAUCUGUGCCUGGCCAAGGCCCGCGUGGAGCAGCUGCGGCGGGAGGCAGGCCGCAUCGAGGCCCGUGAGAUCCAGAGGCGGGUAUGGGCGCCCCUGGCGGAGUCGGAACUUGGGGCUCAGGCAACAGAGGCCCCUGUUUCUUGGGCAUGGAGUCCCCCAGAGGCCAGACGGUCCCGCACUGUAGUCACUGUGCCUGCCCACCAGGUGGUGCGGGUCUACUGCUACGUUACAGUGGUGAGCCUGCAGUACUUGACACCGCUCAUCCUCACCCUCAACUGCACGCUGCUGCUCAAGACCCUGGGCUGCUACUCCUGGGGCCUGGGGCCGGUCUCUCCACUGCCCCCCACCCUGUCCUCAGUCCACGAUCAUCCGGCCGGCACCGGGGAGGAUGAGGCCCAGCAGACGGCUGCCCGGAUCACUGGGGUCCUGGGCAGCCUGCUCACGCCCCUCUUCCUCCGCGGGGUCCUCUCCUUCUUCGUUUGGUGGACCGCUGCCUGCCAGCUGCUCUCCAGCCUCUUUGGCCUCUACUUCCACCAGCACCUGGCAGGCUCCUAGCCACCUGCAGAUGCUCCUGGGGCUGCAAGGCCUGUACUGGGCCAGUGGGACGCAGACGGCCCCAUUUUAUGUGCCUCAGCGUCCCCAGGUGCAAAUCGGGGCCGGGAGCCCCCUUCACCACAGUGCCUGUGCUGUGGCCCCCUCGGGACCCCGCGUUUCUUCCUUGAAACUGCGCCCCAGGGUCAGCAGCUGAGGGUCCCAGGGCCACUGUUCCUGGAUUGUGUGCCUGGUUUUGGGCGGGAGCGGACACUCUCAAAUAAAGGAGCCGGCCACUUUUUACAAAGAA